UGCUCAGCAGUGUGGAGUAUACUCGCAAACACGAAUGUAGACCGGCUCGAUAUAGCCACGUUGUGCCAACGAUUUGUAACGAAACUCGUUGUCGAAACGUAUUCAGUGGUCGUGAAUGUAAUAGAAUUGAUCGAAAAAAAAACAUCGGUGAAACGAGACGUCGACGGAAGUGCGGCGUGCACCAGAAAAUAUGGGACUCAAGGACUUCCGCAUCGUUUUCGACAAUCCUUGGAGCACUUACUAUCCAGGACAGACGGUCGCCGGAAAUAUCAUCGUUGUGCUGGAUAGCACGAAAAAGAUUCGCGGUAUAAGCGUGAAAGUAAAAGGUGAAGCAAACACAUGUUGGACAACAGACAAACAGGAUAUGGACGAGAGAGGACAAUACAGAGACGGAACUCAAACAGUUACUGGCCAUGAAGAAUAUUUUUCAACCAAGUACUAUCUAGUUGGAUCAGCUUCUGGAGGCGAAAUCGAGAUUCAAAGCGGAGAACACAAAUUCCCUUUCCAAUGUGUUCUACCAUCAAACUUGCCCAGCAGUUUCGAGGCCGAUUUCGGACACGUUCGAUACACGGUUAAGGUAACACUGGAUCGUCCAUGGAAAUUCGAUCAGGAGGUGAAGAGUCCCUUCACGGUGGUGUCGCCCCUCGACCUCAAUCAAGAGCCAAGAGCUUCGGAAAGCGUCCACGAAGAAAUGAGCAAAUCGUUUUGCUGUUUGUGUUGCGCAUCAGCGCCAUUGACGGUGAACUACUCGUUACCGGUGAGAGGAUACGUGCCAGGUCAGUCGAUGCCGGUAAAGGUGAACGUUGAAAAUUUAUCUGGAGUGACGGUGGACAGUGUUAAGCUCAUUCUUUGUAAGAUCGUGACUUUCCGUGCAACUAUGCCCACCACGGACACCAAAAUGGAAGAAAUCGUGGUGGCGGAAGUUGGCAAAGGACCUGUGGAAGGAGGAGCAACUGCUGAAUAUGAACAGACGCUUGAUAUUCCUCCGUUACCACCGUCAAACCUUACCAAUUGCGGGAUCAUUGAUUUGGAGUAUAAUAUUAAGGUCCAGGCCUGUGUUUCGACAUGGUAUCACCGAAAUCUAUCAAAAAAUACACUUGUCUUCGUUGGAACGGUACCGUUGGUGAAUUAUCAAACUCCAAGUGCUCCUCCAGCUGAAGCAUACCCAACUAAACCGGAAGUUGGAUGGGUUGCUCCUGGAAUUCCGACGUCCAGUCCUGAUGGUGCACCGGCUUCGAGUUUAUAUCCCAAUUUACCUCCUCCGUCGUACGAAGAAUCGACAAAUGGCGCCCGAAGCCUCUGGGAACGCGGCGAAUCGGAACACGUUUUCGGAAUAUCGAAUCGUUUCGCACCGAGAUACCCGGUGUACAACUUCGUUCCUCCACAAUGAACAACGAAAUCAUUUCACCACUUACAGCUUCAUUUAUAAAAAGAAAAAAAAAGUAAAC